AUGAGAUUCCAGCUCGGUUUAGAGAGUGUCUUGGCAGUUGCCACCUUCUGCAGCCACUGUGCAGCUCAAACCUUCCAGAGGCUCGGAACAUGUCCAACUUUGGGCUGUAUCAUUCCACCUGACCAAGCCGACUUCCUCCCAGGCCAACGAUUCGAUAUCCGAGCUGAGGUCCACGCUCCCUUGAAUGGAAGCGAGGCUAUUCGUGGCUACACCACCCCUGAUCCUAAUUUCACUUUGACAAUCGAACGGGAGGGCGGGGCUGCUCGACCAAUCUCAGAGUUCUUCAGCCUCUCGGAACCAAAGCUUGAGACCUGGAACUUCACCUGGUACGAAGAUCUGUUUGCUCAGGUGGCCAAGACUCCGUCGCAGGUCAAGGUUGCGUCCAAGGCAUGGCGAAAUGUUGCCCUGUAUGAGCCAGGGCAGUAUAUUGCGACCCUAAAGUAUCGGAAUGGCUCACAGACGACGAUCGCCAACUGGACCGUCCGGGACAUUUCUCCCCAACAGCGGGCAAAGAACGUUGUCAUGUUCAUCGGAGACGGCAUGACCACGAACAUGAUCACUGCUGCGCGCCUGAUUGGUCACCAAUCCAUCAACGGAAAGUACCAGACCAAGAUGGCCAUGGACCAGUUUCCGAUGCUGGGUCACCAGAUGACGCACUCGAUCGACAGCUUCAUUACGGAUAGCGCCAACUCUGCGACUGCUCUCUACUCUGGCCACAAAUCUACCGUCAAUGCUUUGGGCGUCUAUGCUGACUCCUCCCCGAACAAAUUCGACGACCCAAAGAUUGAGAGUAUCGCUGAGAUCUUCCACCGGCUCAGAGGUGGCGGUGUUGGCAUUGUCUCUACCGCUUUUAUCGCCGACGCGACCCCUGCCGCACUGACCGCCCAUACACGGGAUCGAGGCCAAUACGGAGCCGUCGUUGACUCUUUCCUCCGAGGCAUCACCAACUAUACCUGGACCAACUGGACCGGCCCUGAUGUGCUCUUUGGCGGUGGUGCCGAACAGUUCUAUCCAGGAAAGGGCUCCUUCCAGGGUAAGGACUACUACCAGGAGUUUGCCAAGCAGAACUAUACCGUCGUUUUGAACAACACUGCUCUCCAGGCGUCUGGUAACUCGAGCAAGCAUCUUGGUAUUUUCUCGGUCAACAACAUGGCCAAGUGGCUCGAUCGAAAUGUUUACCCACAGAACCUGAACAAGUCUAGCACUGCCCCUGAUGGUUCCAAAGCAGCUGCCACCGAUCAACCAGGUCUCAAGGAAAUGACUCUCAAGGCUCUCGAAGUUCUCCAGACCCGCCACGGAGAUGAGGGUUUCUUCCUUAUGUCUGAAGCUGCCAGUAUCGACAAGAUGAUGCACGUGCUCGACUAUGACCGUGCCCUAGGUGAGCUCCUCGAAAUGGACGAUACGAUCAAGGCCACGAUUGCCUGGCUUGAGGAAGUGGGCGAGCUGGAAAACACGCUCAUCCUCGUGACCGCUGAUCACGGCCAUGGCUUCGACGUUAUGGGCUCUGUCGACACAAAAUUCCUCAACUCGCAAAAAGCCCCCCGUGACAAGCGUGACGCUAUCGGCACCUACCAGAACUCUGGGCUCAGUCAGUAUGUUCUCGCCAACCGCUCUGCUCCUAUCGGCAGCGACCAGAAUUUGGUUUACGGCCCUGGCGUCAACUUCCCGGCCAACUGGGAUCCUCGCUACACGCUGUACUCUGGGCUGGCUGCUUUCCCUGACCACCGAGAGGACUACCGGGUCAACAAGAACGGACCUCGCGUGCCGGCCAUCAACAUCACUGGUUUCUCUGACGAGGACUUUUACGUCAACUAUGUUGAUGCUGUUACUGGGUUCAUCAUCAACGGCUCACUCCCAGUUUCUGCGGACCAAGGUGUGCACUCUCUGACCGACGUGCCCGUCUUCACACGCGGGCCUUGCACGGAGCUGUUCUCUGGUGUCUUUAACAGCAUCGACAUCUUUUACGGUAUGGCCGAGUGUCUUGGCCUGAGCCGCACCAGUCCGUGA